AUGGAGGAUGGUGCUUAUUCUUACGACUACGGCGAUGACGACGGCGAUUACGAUGCUUUGAAGGCAACACAAUUUGUUCCCUUUGAUGGUAAUCAAUUUGGCCAUCAGAGUGCAAGAUAUGAUGACGACGAAGGUGGCGUGCAGGACAAUGACAACCUUGGAAAUGAUGACGUGCUAUGUGAAGCCUUCAUGGAAGAUAUGUACGAGGGCGAUGGCAAUGAUGAUCUCCAGUGUCUGCAAAUUUGGGACGAUGCUUUGCACCUGGAUGACUUUGGGGACGCCUUGCCCGAUGACGGCUUAGAUGACUAUGUCUAUGAUGAAUUCGCCGAUGGUUCCUUUACCACUAAUGUUGUGGCAGGAUCCUUGGUGAAAUUACCAAGAGGCAGCACACACGUGAAUCAAACACAGUCCGAAGAAGUCCCCAUUCCUCCAAGUGACAAUGCUCCUUUGUGUGAUGAUAAACUAGUGAAGAUAUCCAGCCUUGACCAGGUGAAAUUACCAAGAGGCAGUACACACGUUGAUAAAACACAGUCCGAAGAAGUCCCCAUUCCUCCAAGUGACAAUACUCCUUUGUGUGAUGAUAAACCAGUGAAGAUAUCCAGCCUUGACCAGGAUGGUGCUUAUUCUUACGACCACGACGAUGAUGACGAUGCUUUGAAGGCAACACAAUUUGUUCCCUUUGAUGGUAAUCAAUUUGGCCAUCAGAGUGCAAGAUAUGAUGACGACGAAGGUGCGGGCGAAGGUGGCGUGCAGGACAAUGACUGCCUUAGAGAAGACGACGCGCUAUAUGAAGCCCUCAUGGAAGAGAUGUACGAGGGCGAUGGCGAUGAUGAUUACAAAGAAUUGGAAUUCGAUCUCCAGUGUCUGCAAAUUGGGGACGAUGCUGUCCACCUGGAUGACUUUGCGGACGCCUUGCCCGAUGACGGCUUAGAUGACUAUGUCUAUGAUGAAUUCGCCGAUGGUUCAUUUACCACUAAAUUCGUGGCAGGAUCCUUGGUGAAAUUACCAAGAGGCAGCACACACGUGAAUAAAACACAGUCCGAAGAAGUCACCAUUCCUCCAAGUGACAAUGCUCCUUUGUGUGAUGAUAAACCAGUGAAGAUAUCCAGCCUUGACCAGGUUGGGCAACUAGCUUUCAAAGGAAUGAAGACUCUAAAUCGUAUCCAAUCGGUGGUCUAUGACACGGCAUACAACAAGAGUGAGAACCUUCUCAUAUGUGCCCCUACGGGUGCAGGAAAGACCAACAUUGCCAUGUUGACUAUCCUCCAUGAAGCUCGGAAGCAUCUGGAUGUACGAGGUGCCGUCAAACACAAUGAAUUUAAGGUCGUCUACGUAGCUCCCAUGAAGGCCCUUGCCGCGGAGAUGACGCGCACCUUUGGAUCUCGUCUAAAACAUCUAGGUCUCUCAGUACGGGAACUAACAGGGGAUAUGCAGCUCACCAAGAAGGAAAUGAUGGAUACCCAUAUGUUGGUGACGACCCCCGAGAAGUGGGAUGUGGUGACCAGAAAGAGUGUCGGGGAUGUGGCCCUGACCCAGCUCGUUAAACUCCUCAUCAUCGAUGAGGUCCACCUCCUCCAUGAGGAUCGCGGUGCCGUCAUCGAAAGUCUCGUCGCAAGAACACUUCGACAGGUGGAAUCCUACCAGAACAACAUCCGGAUAGUUGGGCUGUCUGCAACCUUGCCCAACUACAAAGACGUUGCUAAGUUUCUCCACGUCAAUCUCAACACCGGAUUGUUCUACUUUGAUGGCCGAUUCAGACCAGUGCCCCUUCAACAGACGUACAUAGGUGUGUUGAAACCUGAUCUCGGCGGGUUUACCGAACAACGCACAAGAAUGGACGGCGUCUGCUAUGAGAAAGUUCGUGACCUUGUUGAUAAGGGUCAUCAGGUUAUGGUGUUCGUGUUUGCUAGGAACGCUACGGUGAAAUCCGCCAAUGACCUUCUGGACAGAGCAAGACUCCACAAUUACACCGAAAUGUUCAAAGCUGAAGAGAACGAGGAGUUUAAUGCUGCUCGCGAAGAGGUGCAGAAAUCCCGUAACAUGCAGUUGAAGGAUUUGUUCGAUUCGGGGUUUUCCAUCCACCAUGCCGGCAUGCUUAGGCAGGACAGGAACUUGGUUGAACGCUACUUUGCUGCAGGGCUUAUCAAGGUUCUCUGCUGUACAUCUACCCUUGCAUGGGGAGUCAACCUUCCAGCCCAUGCAGUCAUUAUCAAGGGCACACAAUUCUACAACCCUGAUAAGUCUAAGUUUCAGGAUAUCGGAAUCCUGGAUGUCCUGCAGAUCUUUGGCAGGGCAGGGCGCCCUCAAUACGAUACGUUUGGAGAGGGGUACAUCAUCACUACUUAUGACAAACUUGUCCACUAUCUGAAGCUCAUGAUGGAUCAAACACCGAUAGAGAGUCAGUUCAUCAAGCGUCUGGAGGACAAUCUCAAUGCAGAGGUUGUUCUUGGCACUGUGAGUAACGUGAAGGAAGCAGUUCGAUGGCUCAGUUACACAUACAUGCAUGUGAGAAAGCUGGCAACUAAUAAGCUUUUGACAAGGGUAAGUUAUAGGAAAAAAGAAGGUGACCCUGAUAUGUCGAGGUACCGUGAGCAGCUCAUAAAGGACUCGGCACAGGCCCUGCACCGUGCCAAGAUGGUUGUUUACUACAAAGACUGUGGCACUUUGGACUACACAGAGAUCGGGCGAAUCGCAAGCCAUUUCUACAUAAAGCAAGCCACCAUCAUGCUUUUCAAUGCCUCUUUGGAGUUGUGCCGAACACGUGGAGAGAUACUCAAGUUGGUGGCAAAGGCUGCGGAGUUCAAACAAGUAAAGGUUCGGAAAGAAGAAGAGAAAGAACUUGAACAACAUAGGAACUAUGACUGUGAGGUCCACGUGAGCUCGGUCAAGGAUUCGCCUGGCAAGGUCAAUGUUCUUUUGCAGACUUAUAUCAGUGGAGGAAUCUUGUCUUGCUUUUCUCUAGUGUCGGAUACAAACCAUGUCGCACAGAACUCAGCCAGGAUCAUGCGAGCAUUAUUUGAGAUAGCCCUUCACGAAUGGCGCCCUCAGUUAGCGUCCAACGUUCUCACCCUGACCAAAUGCAUUGAUCAACAAAUGUGGUCUUCAAAGAAUCCUCUACGCCAGCUGCAAUCGCGUGAUUGUAAUAGACUUCUCAAUGUCGCAGGAGACACCUUUGAUAAUAGCCGACUUGCUACCAUGACUCCCGAACAAAUAGGUGUGCAUUGUAAAUUAUGA